AUGGCGGCCCCGGGGGGACAGCACCCGGCCAGGGCGCAGGGGGGGUCCCCCGAGGCGGGGGGGUCCCCGGCGCAGGGGGGGUCCCCGGAGCAGGAGGGUUUCUUCUCGCUGCUGAGCUCGGUGCAGGGCGCCCGCAUGGACGAGCAGCGCUGCAGCCUCGGGGGGGGUGGCGGCGGGGGCUCCGCGCCCCCCCCCGAGCUGGCCCCGCUGCUGGAGCUGCUGGCGAGCUCCCAGGGCCGCCGCAUGGACGAGCAGCGCCUGCCCGUGCCCCGGCUGCCCGGGUUCGGGCCCCCCCCGGGGCAGGACUGAGCCCCCGGCGCUGCCACCGACCGUCACCGUCC